AUGUCUUUCUUAUCCAAUCUGACGCAGGCCCUGGAAGAUGCCUUCAAGAAGAUUUUUAUUACUUAUAUGGACGACUGGCACAUGAACACCACAGCCGAACAAGAGGCCUUGCAAGCCAAGAUUGAUGCUGAGAACUUCUACUAUGUCAUCUUGUACCUCAUGGUGGUGAUUGGAAUGUUCUCUUUCAUCAUUGUAGCCAUUCUGGUGAGCACGGUGAAAUCCAGGAGACAAGAGCACUCCCAUGACCCCUACCACCAGUACAUUGUGGACGACUGGAGCACAAAGUACAAAAGCCAAAUUCUGAAUCUAGAAAAUUCGAAGGCCACUGUCCACGAGAACAUUGGCGCAACGGGGUUCACAAAGUCUCCCUGA